CGAACUUCUUCCUCGUGCCCUACUCCGUAGAACUCUUUACCAUGUCGUCGUUCCUUUGCCCUCUUUUCCCGCUCUUUUCUCUCUGAAGUCAUUCCCUCAACAGAUACUCCGUAAAUACUUGCUUGAUCCCUCCUUUGUACAAGCAAGGAUCCCUCUUAAGAUCGACACCACCCUCCGACAAUGGCCUCCAUCCUCAGAUCUCGCCUUAUUUGCCUCUAAUCACCACCGACUUUUCUCUUUGUCGCCAGUAUCGUCUCGCCUCUACGCUCUCCGCGAGGAUACCAUACGAACUACGUAUCCUGAUCCUGCGUCCAGACGAGGCCGGCCUUAAAACUGAAGGCCACACGCCCACCAUGCGUCGAAGUUUACUCAUCUUCCUCCUCACCACCGUUAUCGUCGUCACCCUCCUUCUACACUCCGUCUCGACCCUUCUCUCCCUGCUCAUCGAAGAUGCCUCUCGCGAUGCCAUCCACCGCUCAGAGAUCCCCGCGCCGAACUCGACCCUCCUUGACAACCGGCCCCAGUUGAUACCCAAGAUCAUCCAUCAGACGUACAAGAAUGAAUCCAUUCCUUCGCACUGGCUCCCUGCCCAGCAGUCCUGCAUGAACCUACACCCAGACUACGAAUACAUCCUUUGGACGGACAAGAUGUCGCACGACUUCAUUGCCAAAGAGUACCCUUGGUUCCUGAGCACAUUUACGCGGUACAAGCACAACAUCCAGCGCGCCGAUGCGAUUCGAUACUUCGUCCUGGCGCACUAUGGCGGUGUGUACAUCGAUCUCGACGAUGGCUGCGAGCGGCGCCUAGACCCGCUGCUCAGCUACACCGCGUUCGUGCGCAGGACUGUGCCCACGGGUAUAUCCAACGAUGUCAUGGGGGCCAUUCCGCAGCACCCGUUCUUCCUCAGGGUCAUGGAAAGCCUGCAAGGCGCCGAUCGGAAUUGGAUACUUCCAUACAUCACCAUCAUGGCGAGUACCGGGCCAUUGUUCCUGAGUGUGAUAUGGAAGAAGUGGAUGGGCGAGCAUGCGCACUUGGAUCCGGAGACGUGGGUGGGGCGGGUCAGGGUUCUCAUGCCCAGCGAAUAUAAUAAUCAUGCGUGGAGUUUUUUCAAGACGUACAAGGGGAGCAGUUGGCACGGGAGCGACGCGAGAUUCAUCUUCUGGAUGGGCAAGAACUGGAUGUUGCUGACAGCAUUGGGGUUCUUGCUGGCAGGCGUGUUGGGAGUGUCCAUCUGGUGGGUGUAUUCGAGAUUGAUCAUCGUCGGAUCCCGGAGACGAGGCCCCGGCGGAAGUCCGAGAGUCAGUCCUUUCAGGUUCCCUGGCGUUGGGUACAGGGUGCCGCUGUGGAAGGUCUGGAGCGGGAAGACGCAGAGUUACGAAAUGGUCGCGCAGCAUGAUGCAUAGAUUCGACCAGGGAAGCGUCGUCAAAGCCAUAACAUGCCACGUCAUGGCUUGUGACGCGAGUGGUCGGUUCAGAUCAUGUCUCUCGUGGGAAAAGGCAAACGGCCAGCAAGGCUUGACGUCCAAGGGUUUGGAAGGAACAGGUAUACAUGCUGGACACCUCACUGGGUGCUUUAUGAUUCUCGCAUGUUUGAGCGAUGGCGUUUGGCGGGAAACCCCACCUAUUCUGAAAACUUGUUCAGUCAAGUCAGAGAAGAGUAUUACGGUCUGUCGUUUGGUAAACAUUGCGACUGGCCGGAGUGUUUUGCUAUAUUCAUGCAUCGACCUGGGUUGUCGCGCCUAUUCUUUUUUUUCGGGCGGACAACUCAGGGCGCGAGCUUUAUAUCUAUUCUAAUAAGAACAUAUUUGGCGCCGAUGAA